CAUUAUAGCACAACUUUUAAAGACGCCUCCGGGUGAAAUGUGUCUCUACCAGUGGAAAAUAAUCAUUCUUUGAUCAAAAGAUGCUGAAAUACUUCAUGUCGAAUUCUCUGUUUACCUGAGAAAGGGGGGCAAUUUAUGUAACUGGUACAUGUAUAUGUUUUGUUCAAUGAAAGGAUAAUUCGUCCUUGUGAACACUAUGGCUGUGUGCAGAACGCUACGCCAAAUUGCAUUUCGUUCUGCAGAAACUUUUAUUUUGGCACACAUCCUUUUAACAAUUGUAAAUCAUACCCAUGGACAGAAUAUUUUCGAUGGCCAACCCGAAAACAGUACCCUGCCCUCAAAUAUAAGCAAAGAUGAAAACCUAUCGACGGAAAGAGGGUCCUCAGAUGAAAUAUCUGCAACAACCAGCGACCAGUCGGGAAUACCAGAUGACGUUACAGAAGACUUUGAAACAACUGGAUUGUAUUCAGGCACGACAACAUUCCAACCGACAAUAGACGACAGCCAGUCCAGUACAGAAGAACAGAUUAUAUCAGAAGACGAAACAAGCGAUCACUCCAAUUCAAUGUCUUCCCAAAGUUCAUUAAUAACUGCAGACUCAACUAUCUCUGAUUCAACGACUUUUCCUUUACUGGUAUCAAACAACACGCAAUUUAUCACAACAAACGAGUCCCCUUUAGACGUGUACACGAAUAACUAUCAGUCAACAUCUAUUGGAAGCGAAAGCAACGACGACCAAUCUUCGCCUGAGUUUGAAUAUACAACUGAUUAUGAAACAAUGAGUAGCAGUGGUUUGAGAACGACAACAACUCAUUUGCCAAUUACAACAACAGAAAUAUUGGUUACUGCCAAUAGUUCAGUUUGUCCAGUUAUAAUUACCACGCCUCAGUUCAUUUCUGAAGAUUUCGGGUCAUCAGCCACAUUUACAAGCAUUGUUGAGACGAAUGCCAGUCCUGCUCUCUACGGAAGAUGGUUGAAAAUACAAUCUGAUAGAACAAGUCUUAUAGACACAAGCACAGACAAAUAUAACGGAAGCCGGUUGCUGCCAUUCCCAGCCCUUACGAUAAAUGAUGUGGAUUUCUAUGACAACGUAAGCUAUCAGUUUCAAGUUCGAAUUGAUGGUGGAUGGUGUCUUGGCAAUAUAGUCACAUUAGAAGUUAGAGGAAUAUUACAGUUUAAUGAUUCCUGCAACAUGACAAAGGAAUGCGAUCAGAGUAUGCAGUUGGAAUGUUCCUUGGAAUACAAAGCUUGCAUGUGCACCAGUGCCUAUUAUUACAGAAAUGAAACAUGUUUCCAUAGGAAUAAUUUGUUGGCAAACUACAAGACAUCAGAUAUUACGACGUCUUAUAUCACCGUGUGGUGGAAUCAUCCGUUCGAUUCCGCCCUUGUACAGUCUUACGUUGUGAGACUGACUGAAUACUGGGGAUCCAUUGACUUGGAAGAGUUCGCUGGGAGGGAUACUAAUUUCACCUUUGAAUCAAAUUUCACUCCUGGUUACCUGUUUUAUUUUGAGAUAGUAUCUACAGUUCUGCUCAUCUAUCCCAGGAAAAUGAUAAAUGUGACAACAAGGAGACCAUUGGUUGUUGAUCCACUCCCGCCCGGGCCUAUCGACACGAACGCUAGCGACUUUCACCCUGAGAAGCUGCUUCUCAGAUGGGCUGUUCCAAAGAACAAUACCUACGUAAACAGUUACAGGAUAACCAUUAAUGGUCCGCAGUAUUAUAAUUGGUAUUAUACGCAUUCUAACACUAUCAAGUGGUCACAGAAAUUAGAGCCUGGUGAGAACUACACUGUUACAAUAACGGCAAGAAGUUGGCAUGGAAAUUGGUUUGCUAAAGAGAGCGUCGGAUAUAUUCAGCGGAUACAGACAUUGCGCACCCCAAAAAUUGAAAUUACUCCAACGUACUUCAGUGUAGCAUUCCUAUCUACUCUUCAAAUCAAUGCUUCGGUGAAAAAUAUGCCUGAUUUCCCAUCAACUACGGAAAUUAAAUGGCAGAAAAUUUAUUAUUAUUACUGGAGUUCAAUCGCUAUCGAUAUAAACAUAUCUCACUCAAGAUACAACGGCAGCACACUCGAUUUAUCGGAACCCAGCCUCGUCAUUAACAGAGUGGACUUUAGCAAUGAUCACAAUUACUACUACCAAUGUGUUGGGCGAAAUGAAGAAGGAUGGGGAACAAGCAAUAAAGGAUAUGUAUCAGUUUUUGGAAGUCUCAAAUUUCUGGAACAAUGCGCACAGAGUCAAGAAUGUGAACCUUAUAAAAACUUACAGUGUCGAUCAAGGAAAUGUCUUUGCUCAGGAUCGUAUUAUCACAAAAAUUCUGUAUGUUUUUCACGUUCCAGAUUAAACAUAAACAACAUCGAACUAACAAGUACUAGAUGUGAAUUAGCAAUACAAUGGCGGAAACCAUCCGACGAUAGUCAUCUUGUCUCCGGGUAUACUGUGCGUUUACAGGCUCGAAGAUCCAGCUGGUGGGGGACUGAGGAAAUAGUAAAUGUUGGAAUUGUAACAGAAUACAAAACUUCAUGUACCUUACAACCAGGGCGCAUGUACAGAUUUUACAUCCAAUCAAAUGUUUUACUUAGCAAUCCUACGGAAUCCUUCAGCAUUAACAUGUUCUCAACCAAUACUAUUUUAGAACCACUGUCACCAGGUAAAAUAGAUCGAGCUGAGAGUAAUUUCUCCGGCGACCACCUUUAUUUAAAAUGGGAAAACUCGGGACAAAACACAUUUCUGAAUCACUACAAGGUGAUUAUUAAUGGGUAUCAACAGACAACUUUCGGUAGAUUUCCUGAGAUUUACUGGAAACGAGGAUUAAUUCCUGGAUCAAUUUACAAUGUGACAAUAACAGCAGUAAGUUAUGGCGAUGACACCAGUGGUCCAUGGUCUGGAACUGCGGAAAGUGAUCCAUAUUUAGAUUGGAUAGAAAUAGAGCAAGCUGAUGCAGGGGCCUACGCCUACAUGCCUUACGGGGAAAGAGAUUAUUUCUUUCGAGGCGAUGAUGUCACCAGUCCUCCUCUUAAGUCUCCCACAACAGUCUAUGUGGGAGAUGGUUCAGAAAAGGGAUUCAAUUUUGUUAGUAUCGGUUCCAACGGCAUUAUUGGACUUGGAGAAGUAUUUAACAGUAUUACUAUUCGGGACAUGGACGCUAAUAAAAUGAAAAACAGGCAAAUCCUUUGUCCUUUUUGGACUGAUCUAUUGACAGUCGAUGCAAUUGGUAAUGUGUACUACAAAACAUAUGAAAGGGGGCAAGAUGCGGAAAACAACUUAUUCCUGAGAAAAGCGAAUGAAAUGGUUCGACUGCAGUUUAGAGAUUUUCCUCAGUUCGAGGCUUCGUGGCUUGUUAAAGUGACCUGGGAAAAUAUGACCUUAUUUGGAGACAAAUCGCGGACCGCAACGUUUCAGUCUCUCCUAAUAACAGACGGAUCGAGUACUUUUACAGUUGUCAACUACAUUGAUGUUGAUUUAAAACGCAUUAAGAAGAAGAAAAUUGCAAUAGGAUAUCGAUACAAGCGAUUUUUUAUGAAGAAUUAUUUUUCUAACAAAAAAGCUGCUUUUCAGAUGGGCAAAAACCCCGGAAAUAGAGGAGUAAAUGGGUUUUGGAUACAUAAAUUGACGACCGGAGUUCCUCUGAGCAAAGAUGAGAAAGAAUGUUUCGACUGGUACACAAAAAAUAAGGAGAUGCGAGUCAGUGAGCAGUUAACACCCGUGUUGCGUGUUAUUGAAUGUCCAUGUGACAGCCGUCUUCUUAGGUUUGACCCACGCUACGCCAUCAAUAGAUUUGACAGAGUAAAUAGAGUAUUAUGCUAUUCUUCAAUGGUUGUUGGAAGAAAUGUCGAAUGCUGUUUCAGAAUGCAUGGCGCAAUAGACAAUUUGAGUACUCUAGAACUCUCUAAACCUGCGGUGGGGACAGUUCUACAAUACAAUCCAUUUUUUGAACGGCAACUCUACAGUUCAAAUGACCUAAACCCAAGAGAGAAAUGUUGUAAAUCAGGACACUGCCAAUGGUAUUAUGAAGUUCGUCCUGUUCCAUUCUGCUAUAGAAGGUCGCCAUUCCAACCUGGAAUAAAUUUUGGUGAUCCGCACAUCCGAACGCUCGAUGGCAAAAACUACACGUUUAAUGGGUACGGCGAAUAUACGAUGCUGACAAUAGCUAAGGAAAAAACAAGAUUUGAUUUCCAGGCUCGAACAGAUUUGGCAACAACAGCGAAUGGGACUGUUAUCAAUGCUACAAUAUUCAGUGCAUUCGUGGCCCAAGAUCAAACUGGAUCUCAUGUACAAAUAGAAAUGUCACGUGACAAAACAAAAUUAAUCAUAAGAGGAAAUGGAAACGAUUUGACUCGACGGUUUGAGAAUAUCAACUACACCUUCCUGACAAAGAAUUUAUCCAUGCGAUGGGAAAACCAAACGAUGUGUGCAUCCUUUCUGCAGUCAUCAAUCAUCCUAAAGGUCAGUCUCGGAGUACGGUUUUUGAUUUCGGAAACAAUAGUUGACAGUGCGUACAAAGGAUUCAUAAAAGGUUUGAUGGGGAAUUUCGAUGGAAACAGUUCAAAUGAUUUCAUUCUUCCAAAUGGAACUAUUCUAAAUGAAACAACAAUGCAAAAGGAAAAAGACAUAUAUUACGGAUUCGGACAACAAUGGUCAGUGCAAAACUCUUCAAUUUUUCAUUACGGCACGGGGUUAACCUUCACGAAUUUUUCACAUCCUGGAUUUGAACCCGUAUUUUUGGAUGAAGUAGAAGAGGACAUUCUUAAUGGUGCCAAAGAGAAAUGUGGACCAAACCCCUCCCAAUCGUGUAUAUUUGAUUUCUUAGCAACAGGAGACAUUGCCCUUGCUUCCUCAUCUGCCAAAGAAGAAAUAAGUUUAAUUAAUGACGUUGCCAUGAUAGAAAAUGAAACACCAAACAUAACAGGAAACGCAACAAUAUUUGCCGAAGUUGGUAAGGAGGUAACACUAAUAUUCACUGCUUAUGAUGACGGCAAAGAGACUCCCACGUUCAAUAUAUUGAAACAGCCUGAGGGAUUUGAUCUCAACUCCACUACUGGAAUAGCGACAUGGAAACCACAUAAUAUGAAUAUAUCAGAGAUCAGUAUCAGUGUGAUAGACGAAAUGGGAGCAGAAUCGCCAUCUCUGGAUGUCACUAUCGUUCUGUGUGGCGGAUGCAGUGAACGAGGUAGCUGCGAUUCUGCUAGUGUUAAACGGACAGAAAAGCCUUUAGUCUACCACGCAUCAUGUAUUUGUACUACUGGUUAUUCGGGUAAGACCUUGCUAAAAUAUUGUAUUCCCGUAUCAAAAUAUGUCCAUUCUAAAAAAAAAAAAGUUUGUCAAUAUGUUUUAUUUGUAGGCGAUAACUGUGCAAUAGACACAGACGCAUGCCUUCUCAAUCCGUGUCCUUUAGAUAGAAACUGUACUGACCUUACCCCUGAAGAAGAGGCCAGGUAUAAUCGCGGAUACAAUUGCACAGAUUGUCCAAAAGGAUUUGAAGAAAUUAACAAUAAAUGUAUAGAUGUUGAUGAAUGUGAAAAGGGGAACGUCUGUAAUGAAACAGCAGAAACCUGCGAAAACACAGAGGGAAGUUUUCUUUGUAACUGCAUCAGUGGCUAUAUAAAAUUAGAAAACAUGUGUAAAGAUAUAGAUGAAUGUGAAGAAAUGACUUCAAAUUGUGAAUCAGUUUGUCAUAACACGCAGGGGGGAUUCGAAUGUGCUUGUCAUCCAGGUUUUGUUUUAAACAAAGUUGACAAAACUUCUUGUGAUAAAACGGAUGUGGACCCUUGUAUAGAAUUAGAGAAGGAAUGCGAAUACACUUGCAGCAACACAACGGGGACAUUAGAUUGCACUUGUCCAAUAGGCUAUCAGCUUGAUGAUAAUGGCACCAACUGCACAGAUAUAAAUGAAUGUGAGUUGCAUAAUCCGUGUGAACAAGAAUGUAACAACAGCGACGGCUCAUUCCAUUGCGUCUGUGGACCAGGAUUUACGUUGAGUGUGGACAAAACAUCCUGUACAGAAUGUGAUCCACCGUAUUACGGUGAAAACUGUAGUCACGUUUAUGUGUCUGGUCCAGGUGUUGACACUUGCAACUCCGUGAGUGGAUGUACUUGUCUCUCAGGUUGGACUGGGAAAUCAUGUGACGUGGAUAUUGACGAAUGUACAAAAGAUCAAAACAUCUGUGGAACAAUAAAAGUCUGCAAAAAUCUUGAAGGAUCUUACAGUUGCAACUGCAGAGAAGGUUUCCAAGACGACGGUGGCAAUUGCAUAGAUAUUGAUGAGUGUUCCGAUAUAAGUUUAAAUGGCUGUCCAGAAAACACCAAUUGUCAAAACACACAUGGGAAUUAUACCUGUCUGUGUAUUAAAGGAUUGCAAAGGAUCGAUUCUACUUGCAAAGAUGUCGAUGAAUGCGAAAAUAAUAUUCAUGAUUGUUCGCAAAUCUGUGUCAACACAUACGGCGAUUAUGAAUGCGAAUGCCAGUUUGGCUAUCUAUUAGAGAAUGACAGGAAGAACUGUGAAAAAGUUAGAGAUGUGUGCUCACUAUUUCCGGAAUUGAAUUGCACAUAUGGAUGUAAGUUAGAACCGACCACAUUUGAAGGAAACUGCUUUUGCGAAUCUGGGUUUGAACUUAAUCUCGACAAUAGGACUUGUAACGAUAUUGAUGAAUGUUCCCAGAAUACUACAUGUAAUCAGACAUGUAGAAAUACACCUGGAUCAUUCGAAUGUGGAUGCACAACAGGAUACGCUUUACAGAACGAUGAAAGAUCCUGUAGUGUAUGCCACAAUGGAUUUUACGGGGACAACUGCCUUAAAACAUGUCGAUGUGAAAAAGGUUCUGACCAAUGUGAUCCUGUCAACGGAUGUGUAUGUAAGUCAGGCUGGACUGGAGAGUACUGCGAAAAAGACAUAGAUGAAUGUGAUAACAGUAGCAGUUCAUGUCAGAGUGAUAAUGAAUAUUGCAUCAACACUAUUGGUUCCUACAAGUGUGAAUGCAGGGAAGGCUUUCAUCGUUCGAAUGGGACAUGUGAAGAUAUCGACGAGUGUCAGAAUGCAUCAUCGUGUGAACACAACUGUACUAAUACGGAAGGGGGGUUCUACUGUACCUGUAGGACAGGGUUUGAUCUACAUAAUACCAGUGUUUGUGUAGAUAUAGACGAAUGCACCACAGCUUCAUGUCACAAUUGCAGUAACUUCCCUGGAGGGUUUAAUUGUUCGUGUGACGAAGGAUACUCUCUAAAUCUGACUAUUAUUGCUGAAUGCAACAAUAUCGAUGAAUGUCUGGACGGUAGUAACAACUGUUCUGAGAAUGCUACUUGCACAGAUACCGAGGGAGGUUAUGCUUGUAACUGCCUUAAAGGAUUCAAAGAUGAUGGAUACACAUGCAUAGAUAUCGACGAGUGUCAGAAUGCAUCAUCGUGUGAACACAACUGUACUAAUACGGAUGGGGGGUUCUACUGUACCUGUAGGACAGGGUUUGAUCUACAUAAUACCAGUGUUUGUGUAGAUAUAGACGAAUGCACCACAGCUUCAUGUCACAAUUGCAGUAACUUCCCUGGAGGGUUUAAUUGUUCGUGUGACGAAGGAUACUCUCUAAAUCUGACUAUUAUUGCUGAAUGCAACAAUAUCGAUGAAUGUCUAGACGGUAGUAACAACUGUUCUGAGAAUGCUACUUGCACAGAUACCGAGGGAAGUUAUGCUUGUAACUGCCUCAAAGGAUUCAAAGGUGAUGGAUACACAUGCAUAGCAUGUGAACACAUGACAUAUGGCACCCAGUGUUCUGAAGAAUGCUUAUGUGUAGAGGAAAACACUAGUGGUUGUGAUGACGUCACUGGAAUAUGCACUUGUAAACAGAAUUGGAAAGGAAGUGCAUGUGAAAUACACAAGGAUGACUGUAUGAAUGGAACUGCUAUGUGUAACUCGAGUGUAGAGGAUUGCGUAAGGGAAGACGGAACUAACAGCUAUUUUUGUUCUUGUCUGUAUGGAAGGAACGUAACUGCUGAUGGAACGUGUUUGUCCCCAGUACCACCAUACGUCACCAACGCUGGAGAGACAAAGUUUAAAGCUGAAACUACUUUGGUGAUUGACGUAACAAAAGAGGAGUUUGAAAGUAAAGCUGAAAAUAUAACAGAAAAUGUACUGAAGUUGCUGACAGAUCAUUUUGAGAGCAAAAUACGAGGAUUUAAAACACUGCUGAUUUUAUUUAUACGACUCGGAAGCCUGAGAGUUGAAUACGAAAUAGUCCUUCAUAAAAACAUUUCUAUGGAGGAGCAGACCGCUGAAUACAUAAAGGCAACAAGAGAGUUGUUCGAUACAUCAUUCCAGAUAAAAGCAUUGGGGGGAAAUGCUACAGUUUCCUCUAUAACCAUUAAAAAAGAAAACCAAGGUGAUCUUGUAUUAAACACAUCAAGCAGUUGGUGCGAGUUUGCAGAUCAUCUGUCUCUAUGUUAUGAAGGAACGCAAUGUGAUGAAACUUCGGCUUCUUGUGUGGCAAUGGCGGUAAAAGAUUCUUUCGCUCUCAUCAUUGGAUUAGGCAUUGGUAUACCCUUAUCACUGGCGGUAAUACUAGUACUCAUCAUAGUGUGUGUUUACGGCAAAAGAAAGUCAGAAAACAGAGAUUGGAAUGAUUUAAAUGAAAAUGAUGGAUCUCUCAAUGCUAGCGACUUUUUUCGAUCAAGGAUACCUGUGCGUUAUGGUAACUGGGGUCAACAAAAUACUUACUUUACCUGGGGUGCGGAAUCUGGUCGCCGUAAUGGUUGGUAUCAGCAGAAUGUACCUUCAAAUGCAGAUCCACAUAAAGGGGAUUUCCUGCGUUCAUUUGUACUAUUGAAUAAGUCGUUUGAAAUAAAGCGACCCGUUGCAGAAAUGAGACCAAAUCCUUUGUUCUCUGAGAAUGAUCAAUGCACAGCUUGAAUAACCAAGGAAUGCAAGCAAGAAAAUUGACACGUGUGCGAUCAAAUUGUAUAUUUUAACUUUUAUAUAUAAGAAGUAUCUCAUUAUCUGUAUAUCAAUAAACGGAAUAAACGUUUGAUGAAUAAU